UGUAUCUCUAACGGUUUCAACGUCCGCCUCAAGCAAUUCUUUACCCAAUUAUUAUCCACCCUCCAUCUUUCCUUUCCUACCAAGCCUACUCUGUUCCGCGACACACCUGAUCCCUCUCCCCCCCUUCCUCUUUUAUACUGCUUCCUCCUCCUCCUUCUUCCAUCAGCUUCCUAUUUCCUCAUUGCACCAGCAUCUUCAGAGGAAUAACUUAUCGGUCUGUGUGUGACGGAGAUGGAGAAGAAGGAUACAGGCUCAUCGAUAACCGUCGACGGUACCGGAACGGAUAACGAUAAUAACAACUUAUCCGAAAACCUAUUCCUCUCUGCUAUCGCAUCUCACAACGAUCAACUAGAAUUCGAUUUCAGUUCCGGUGAAUUAUUCAAUCCUCCUGCUCCAUUCUCUUCCUCGAUUUUCCCGCCAAAACUGUACUCACAGCUGUCAUUCUCUUCUCCAUCUGACUGUUCGUUCGAUGACGAUGCGUUCAGCGCGAACGCAAUCGCAACCGAGAAUCGUCUCAGUCAAGCGAGUUUCAUCCUCGAGUACCAGCAGCUGUAUAAUAGCUAUACAAUGUGUCUCGCGAGCUUACAGGAAUGUGUAAAAGAGGUUGACGGUCUACGCAUUGAGAACGAAGCUUUACGCGUUGCGAAUAACGAUUUGGUGCAGAGAUUGAACCAGUUUUCGAAGGCGAAGAGGCAGAACUACCUUACGACGUCCAUGCGUUCGUCUUCGUCUCCUUCGUCAAACUUAAUCAAUGAUUUUAACCGUCUCGGCAUUGGAGCAUCGUUUUCCGAAAGCAGUGGCUCAAUCGAGAAGGUUCCGAGUGUGAGUCCUACUAGCGUGAUUGAACCUAACCAGUUUGUUAGGCAUAAUAGUGAGAGAGUUUCAAUGCCUAAAAGUAUUUCGGUUCGUUCCAAAGGUUAUCUGAAAUCGAUUUCGACUCAACAACCUAAUCACCAACGGAUUACAACUCCUUCCUUAGGCCAACCGCAACGGGUGCGUGUCCCCGGGGAGAAGAAAACAGCAGAGGGAUUGGAGUUUGAGGUGUACAAUCAGGGAAUGUCGAAAACCGAGCUGUGCAACAAGUGGCAGGAGACUGGAACCUGUCCUUAUGGGGAUAACUGUCAUUUCGCACAUGGAAUAAGCGAGCUGCGACCUGUGAUUAGGCACCCUCGUUACAAGACCGAAGUGUGUCGUAUGGUUCUUGCUGGUGAUAUCUGUCCGUAUGGUCACCGUUGUCACUUUCGUCACUCGCUUACUGAUGAGGAAAUGCUUAUGGGCGUCAAUCCACGCUAGAUUUUCUGAAUAACCGUGAUCGGAUAUGACUUAUGAGGUUAUGUAUAUCAAGGGAACUUCUUCCAUCUACACUCUUAAUUUCAUGAAUACUUAAAUAAGCAGUGGUGUAGAGUAAUUAAGUAUAUAGCUUAGAGGUGAAGUCUAUGAACACAUGAUUAUACCAUUUACAAGUUAAAAUGUUAUGUUACAUUUCUGGAUUAGGCUCUUGUAAUUGAUUUUGGAUCUCAUUUAAUUGGAUAUGAAGGUGGUUUAAUUGUUUGUUUAAG